CCGGCGAUGUUGGCCCAGUGGAAGACGUGGACGGCGGACUGCAGCCAGCUGGCGCUGGCCGCGUGCUCGGCGACGGCGGUGGUGGCGGUGGCGGCCUACCGCCACCUGUUCCGGGCGCGGGUGCGGCCCGCGGGCGGCGUCGUGCUCAUCACGGGCUGCGACUCGGGCCUCGGCUUCUCGCUGGCGCUGCACGCCCAGCGGCAGGGCUUCACGGUGUUCGCGGGCGUGCUGCAGCCGCAGGGGGCCGGCGCCGGGCGCCUGGCCGAGCAGCGGGGCGGCCCGCCGGUGCGCCUGCUGCCUCUGGACGUCACCGACCGCGACAGCGUGCGAGCGGCCGUCGCCGCCGUCGAGCGCGCCCUGUCUGAAGAACCCGGCCUCUGGUUCCACGCGCUGGUGAACAACGCGGGCGUGAUGGUGUUCGGCGAGUUCGAGUGGCAGACGGAGGCCCAGGUGCGCCACCAGCUGGAAGUCAACCUGCUGGGCACGAUGCGCGUCACGCACGCCUUCUGCCCGCUGCUCCGCAAGUACGCAGGCCGCGUGGUGACGGUGAGCAGCCACUGCACGCAGGUGUCGCUGCCCGGCGUGGCGGUGUACGGCGCCACCAAGGCGGGAGUCGCCGCCUGGAGCGACGCGCUGCGCAUAGAGCUCGCCAAGUUCGGCGUCCGCGUCGUGCAGGUGCUGCCAGGCUCCUUCUUCGCACACAGCGGCCUCUUGGCCCGCCAGCAGCAGCACGCGGCCGAGAUGGAGGAGGCCAUGACGGACGAGCAGCACCAGUUUUACGGCGAGUACUUCAAACGCUAUCAGGCGUACCUGCGGCCGCUGGGCGAUGCGUGCGCGUGCAGCGCGGAGUCGCCGUCUGCGGUGCCGGACGCGGGCAUCAAUGCGGCGCUGGACUCUGCGCUGGCGUUGGUCUCCCCGCAAGCGGUAUACGAGCGCGCACCGCUGCGCUACCGCGUCUACCACACGCUGUGCCGCAUCUCACCCUCUACCGCCCUGCGCGACGCCCUCGUGCGACGCUUCGUGGGGCUGCCGUCCUGGAAACUCGGUACUCCCUCUGCCAACUACACCACCUGACUUCGAUCUCUGUUCCUCUAAGAUGUCACGUUCCACUGCCAGUGCCUUUACGAAUUUCUACAGUCAAGGUUGUCACAGAUUAUGAUGACGAAGAUGACUAUUUUUUUGUAACAUGUAAAAACAGCUGAAAAUAAAAUGUCACUGACCUUACAGUAAUCACAACAAGCAACAA